AGGACCGACUGACUGACUGACUGACUGAAUCCGCUCGAUCUCAACCAGCCAAGCAGCAGCGGUGCUCGGGCCGGAGUAUGAGCGCCGUCCGGAGCGCAUAGAUGUGCAAAAGCCCCGGAAUAUCCGCGCGCUGGAGAGGCCAGAACCGACCGCCGCGGAGGACUGUCUGCAUUUAGUCGUCUGAAGGGAAAGAGCCCCGGUGAAAGCAUGGCGGUGGAAGAGGAAGGUCUCCGGGUUUUCCAGAGCGUUAAAAUAAAAAUAGGUGAAGCAAAAAACAUCCCUCCGUACCCGGGGCCAAACAGGAUGAGGGACUGCUACUGCACGGUCAACCUGGACCAAGAGGAGGUUUUCAGGACCAAGAUAGUGGAGAAGUCACUUUGUCCGUUCUAUGGAGAGGACUUCUACUGCGAGAUCCCACGCAGCUUCAGGCACCUCUCCUUUUACAUCUUUGACAGGGACGUCUUCAGGAGGGACUCCAGCAUCGGCAAAGUUGCUGUGAAGAAAGAAGAUCUGCAGAAAUAUCACGGGAAAGACACCUGGUUCCAGCUCCAACCUGUCAGCGCUGAUUCAGAGGUGCAGGGAAAAGUGCACCUGGAGCUGCGUCUGAGUGAAGUCAUCACAGACAGCGGAGUCAUCAACCAUAAACUGGCCACACGAGUGCUGGAGUGCCAAGGUCUCCCAAUCGUCAACGGCCAGUGCGAUCCAUACGCUGCCGUGUCCUUAUUAGGUCCUUCAAGGUCAGAAGCCAAGAAGACCAAAGUGAAAAGAAAAACCAACAAUCCACAGUUUGAGGACGUUUUCUACUUCGAGGUGACGCGGCCACUGAGCUACACAAAGCGGCAGUUUGAUGUUGAAGAAGAGGAUGUUGACAAACUGGCGCUGAGGGUGGAUCUGUGGAAUGCCAGUAAUCUGAAGUUCGGGGACGAGUUCCUUGGAGGUGUGCGAGUUCCUCUGCGGGUCCUGGGCCAGGCCGGGGUCCACGACGCCUGGUACUUUUUGCAGCCCAGAGAGAACGGAGGGAAGUCUGUGAAGGUGGAAGAGCUCGGCUCUCUGCGUCUGAACAUCGUUUACACCGAGGACCACGUCUUCCCCUCCGAACACUACACCCCCCUCAGAGACCUGCUGCUGCACUCUGCUAACGUGGAGCUGCAUCCUGUGUCAGCGUCCACGGCUCAUAUUCUGGGGGAGGUGUGUAGAGAGAAACAAGAGGCUGCCAUCCCGCUCGUGCGUCUUUUCCUUCAUUACGGCAAAAUAGUGCCUUUCAUCAGCGCCAUCGCGCACGCCGAGGUCAACCGCACACAGGAUCCAAACACCAUUUUCCGGGGAAACUCACUGACUUCUAAGUGCAUUGACGAAACCAUGAAGCUGGCAGGAAUGCACUAUCUGCAGGUCACACUCAAACCGAUCAUCGAUGAGAUCUGCACGGAACACAAACCCUGUGAAAUUGACCCAGUCAAGCUCAAAGAGUCUGAGAAUCUGGACACGAAUAGAGAAAACCUCCGUCAGUAUGUGGACCGCAUUUUCAACGUCAUCACAACCUCUGGCGUGCGCUGUCCCACCGUCAUGUGCGAUAUCUUCUUCUCCCUGCGAGAGUCGGCCGCCACUCGUUUCCAAGUCGACCAAGACGUGCGAUACACAGCAGUGAGCAGUUUUAUCUUUCUGCGUUUCUUCGCCCCAGCCAUCCUCUCCCCGAACCUGUUCCAUCUCCGACCGCACCACCCAGAUCCCGCCACAUCCCGAACGCUCACCCUCAUUUCAAAGACGAUCCAGACCCUGGGAAGUCUGGCCAAAUCUAAAUCUGCCAAUUUCAAAGAGUCUUACAUGGCUGCGUUUUACGACUACUUCAAUGAGCAGAAAUAUGCCGACGCUGUGAAAAAUUUCCUGGACCUGAUCUCCACAUCUGGCAAAUGGGAUCAGAAGAGUAUUGAAACGCCCAUCAUGCUCAAAGAGGGGAGUGUAAAACUCACUAUAAAGAGGGUUGAUGGGAAGGGGUCAAAAGGCACGAAGGGCAGAUUUAUGAUCAAGAGAGCACAGGGGAGGAACCGCUUUGGAAUGAAAAACUUCAAGAAGAGAUGGUUUCGCCUCACCAACCACGAGUUUACCUACCACAAAACAAAAGGCGAGGGAGCUCUGUGCAGCAUUCCCAUCGAGAAUAUUCUGGCUGUGGAGAGACUGGAGGAGGAGUCUUUCAAGAUGAAAAAUAUGUUCCAGGUCAUUCAGCCAGAGCGUGCGCUCUACAUCCAGGCCAACAACUGCGUGGAGGCCCGAGACUGGAUCGACAUCCUGACCAAAGUCAGCCAAUGCAACCGCAAACGCCUGAGCACCUACCAUCCUUCCGCCUACCUCAACGGACACUGGCUCUGUUGCAAGCUGUCGGCAGACGCCGCCCCCGGGUGUACGCCCUGCACCGGCGGUCUCCCAGCAAACAUCCAGCUGGACGUGGAUGGAGACAGAGAGACUGAGAGGAUUUAUUCCCUGUUUAGCACAUAUAUGACCAAGCUCAUCAAGAUGCAAGAGGCCUGUGGCAGCAAGUCUGUGUAUGAUGGACCCGAACAAGAGGAGUACUCCAGCUUUGUCAUUGACGAUCCCCAGGAGACCUACAAAACCCUGAAGCAGAUCGUUUCAGCUGUGCAGACUUUAGAGCAGCAGCACACCAAGUACAAGCGGGACAAGUUCAAGAAGACAAAGCUCGGCAGCCAAGAGCAUCCCAUUGGAGACAAGAGUUUCCAGUGCUACAUACGCCAGCAAUCUGAAAGCUCCACCUACUCCAUCUAGCCGAGGCCUGGUCUACUGUUUCUACGAUGCCCAGAACCAGCAUAUGUUUUUCUUUACUUCAGAAAGAUGCAUCUUUACUGAGCUCUGUGUCCGAUGUUGAGUUUUGAAUCGUUAGUUUUCCUAAAGUAAGAUUUCGGGUGGGAUCAUCUCGCUUGUUUCCAACUCAGUUUGUUUGAGCAAAGACACUUUUUGAAGAUGUUUCUGGGAGCAAAGCUGUUGUUUUGGCGACAAGUAUCACCAGAUUUAGGAAAACAACAGGUUUUAUCGCUCACUGAGGGAUCUCUUGGCAUGGACUUUUUUUUCUUUGCAGUUUCUCGAAGUACAUCGCUCCAAUUUUGGAGAAACAGACCUCAGAUCAGCAAGAAAAUAGAGGAACAGUUGAAGAGGAAAGGAGGGAUAUAAAUGAAGAGAUAAUCACGACGUACACCUGCUUAGAUCUCCUUUCUGUGAUGUGACGAGAGAACAAACGUUUUUCACUGGACAGUUCUGACAGUGACCGACACGCACUUUAAUCGCCUCCAAAUCUAUGGAUGAACAAGCCUCGCAGCACACUUUCAAAAAGCUUCUUUUACCUGUUUUGAUUUGUACUUGGUUAUUUUAAUGAUUGUUGAAAUGUUCCGUUGUAUUUCAUGUCUUACAGACCAAACGCGAGAAGGAAGGAGGGAUGGUGAUUUGAACCCUCUUUGGGUGGUGUGUUGUCCCCAUGUUCCUUUUUCAUGUUUUAGCUUUGUCCCCAACCUCCUCCGGAAGGCUGUGAAGGAAACACAAGAAGGGAUUGUCGGGACCAAGCACAGCCCAGAGCAGCUUAUUAGCUAUCAAAUAUCACUCCACGCACAAUUUUAGUCCUCUUUUUUUUUUUUUUCUUAAUCUGUAACAGUGUGCUAAGACAUAUAGAUUCAACAUUCUGUGUUAAAUUCAAAGCCUCGAUCAGUUGAGGUUGAAUACAGUGCCAUCCUGGCUUUUGUUUUUAGUUUUUUUAACCUGCUUCCAGAGUCUUUGAUUGCUGUUUGACGGUAUGUUGCUCAGAAAUCGUGAAGUGCUGUGGUUCGGUAAAAGUUCCAUAUUGGAAAAAGAAAUUUCAAUUAUUUCAAUUAUUAUUUUGUGACAGAUCAUAAACUUCUUUUUGUAUAAUGAUAAUUUAAAAUGUAUCUAGAUAUAUACACAGUUCAUUUUCAGCAUCUGCAUGUGCAAACAGGUUAUUUGGCUUUGUCUGACGUUCUAUGUUCUAGUCCACCAACAUUACGGCACAACGUAAAUCUUCCCUUGUUUAAAAAAAAACAACAUAAAAUGACGUAAUAAUAUACCUACAGAGGUAUUGGGACAACUGGUUAAAGAUGUCAAAAGUGCAAAUAAUUGAAAAGAACAAAAUAAGGGACCUUUAAAGAGAGAUGCUGUAUCUUGAUCUUAUUCUCGCAACAUGAAGAAAUAAUUUUUACUUAAAUAAGUCAUUUAUGGGGUAAUUAUCAUUGGGAAAAUGUGCUUGUAAUUUACACAUAGCUGCCACUUUAGUAUCUCAGACAAGUCAUUACAAGAGUUCAGCCUCAUGAUUUGCCCCCGGUUUGUUAGAUUCAUCAGAACUGUGUAUACUUCAUUUCUGAAGUCACACUGACACAUAUUACGGUAAAGAUUUUUCCGAUUGAUAUGAAAAGGGCAAAUCAUGGAUUUGCGGUUCAGGGUGAUAUGCCUGUGACUGCAUGGAAAACUGAACAUGACGGGAAUCAUUAGCGAAAGGCCUUAUGGCAGAACAGCUGUAUAGAUUACAGAACAGCUGCAUGGAUUACAUAAGACUGUCCAGGCGUUACUACAGACUGAAUCUACAGCCUUCAGGCCUCUAUGUGUCUGAACCACACUUUGCUUGCAGACGUUUAACCUCAGUUUGACAUGCACAGACAUAUGGAUGAAUAUUCCAGAAAAGUGGUUUUAACUGCGGUCAACAUACCCUCAACAGCAUUCACCUGUUUCACUCUGUGUUAGUAGGUAGAAUCAAACUACUCCUCUGGUUCUCACGAAGCCGAGACUGUGUGUUAACACAGCUCAUUAAUGAGGAUUUUUUUUUUUUUUUUAGCUUCUCUUCUAUUUAAUCCUGAUACUAACAUUUUAACCAGUCUUGUCUCAAGUAUAGUUGUGAAAUGGAUAGUGUGUGACUGAUUGUGUUGCCCUGUUGGCUGCCUAAUGACGUGGUUCUUUCUUUCUGUGCGUGAGCUCUCUCUUACUUCGGAAAGGCUGAACAACCCCCCCCCCAUCAUCACAUAGUUCAAAACUUAUUUAUAUGCAUUCCUCUGGGAAGCUGUCUGCUGUGAAUCUUACACGACAGCACCUCGAUCUGUUGAAGGUACAGGACUUGUUGUUGUUGACCAGUUGUGUUUUGUUUCAUGCUUUCCAAAGGCAACCACUCUCAUUGACGUUCAUUUUCUUUAGUGCUCCAAACUCGCCAAACCAGUGCAUGUGAAGUAUAGUUGUAGUCAAACGGACAGUAGCCUCUGCAGGUGAUCACAGACCACAUGCAAAUUUUGUAUUUUCCAAAACCUAAGUACAUGUUUAUGUAGCCUCAUCAUGGGUGUUCCCGUGAUCACAGGAUCCCAAACAGUGCCAGUCAUCACUUUUCUAUAAUUCACUUUUUGAAAAACAACAAAAAAAAAUCAUUGUUUAAAUAUGUUUUUUUUUAUAUCUCAAUACCUGUUUAGAAAAAAACAAUUCUUCCAGUGACAUAUUUUUCUUUGUCGAAUAUGUUGAUCUACAAACUCUAAGGAAGGUUGUCAACAAUUUGACUCUGUUUUCUAUCUGUGUCUUGUCAUACAGAACUCUUGCUGUGUAUGUGAGCUGAGUGACAGAGAGCGUGUGAAAUUGUGCACUGUGUGUCUGUGUGCUUGUGUGUCUGUGUCAGCACCAACAUGUGUGGCUGACAUGAUGGGUUGUAUUGCCAAUUGUUCAAACCCAGUGUUACAGGUCAGGAAAGGCAGAGUGUCUCUUGUUUGAAUAAUCCACAUUCGAAUGCUGUCAGUGAACUUCAAUGGCUGUUGUAAGAGUUCUCAUCUGUCCCAUUGACAUAGGGGAUUAGGCCCCAACUCUACCUCAUAGUUUGUUAUCACCAACCUGCAUGGCAUCGUGAAGUAACUGCAAAGGUAUCCUGGAUUGUCACUGAGAUGUCAACAAUAAAUGAUGAUGCAGUUGGUCUUUAAACUUAAUCAUGUAAUUUACUUAUUUGCCACAAAAGUAAGAAAAAGCUCUCAUAUUGCCCCAUAGUUGCUGUUAUUAAAUUCAGGAAUUAUACUUGGGCCUGUAAUAACAAAGUUAUGAAAAAUGCGCUGCUUCACAUUUGUACCUAUUUAAAUAAUCACUCUUCCUGGUAAUCUUGCAUGAGAAUGAAGUCGUGGUUUGCUGGAUAACAAUCUUAACCUCAUAAUCUUCUUAAAUAUAUAAAAAAAAUAGUGUCAUUCUCACCUUCACACCAUUGCUGUUGUCAUGUUUGCCACAGCCACCACGGGUCAUGAGAAUUCUUCAAAUCUGGAUCCAGUAGCUCUUAUUAGGUCCUACUACCCUAAAUCCAUGGGGGCGAAAAAAAAAAAAAAGAAAAACAACAGCCAUUCAGUUUGCCCUGACUGCAUUCGAAUGUGUUGAACAAUCACUGCCUUUAAUUAUCCUGGGGACACUGUUACUCUACUCUGGCCUGAUGUAGUGUAUCCCCUCUUUCCUCUUGUAUAGAACCACUGUCUCUUUCUCUUUUUGAGAAGCAUUUGCCAAUAUAUUCUCCCCAAAUAUUUUAUUUCAAGGAACAACAUUGAAAAAAAAACUUAGGACAGCAGCAUUGCUUUAACCUCUGAACUUUGGCGAGUGUUUGUUUCCAUCAGUUACUAACUCUCCUCAGGUUUAUGAAGUGCAUAUUUAUUAUCAUUUUUGACUUAAAAAAAAAAAGAAGACAGAAAAUCCUUCCCAGAAAUGUCUGCUGACUCGGUGCAGGGAUGUUAGUUACAGUAAUGAUAACCUCUUCACCCCCAGGCCCUCAAAGGAAUGACUUAUGCAAUAAUGGUGUUUCAGCAUGCAAUAAUAUUACAAAGUCUUCAAUAAAGCCUGUCAAAUUAUCUCAAAUUAACAAUGCACAUGUGCUGACCUUUUUGCAGAAAAAUGCCUCUUCAGAUAAACUCAUAUUAUAAAGGGAGAACAGUGUAUUUUGUACAAAUAUUUUAAAAGUAUUAAAAUAAGCCUGUGUGUACAUAAAACAGUUGAAUGAAUGGUGAAAAUGUGAUGUGUUUUUUUCCCCCGAAUAACUAAAUGAAACCAAUAUUAAUGCGAA